UCUUUUUUUUUGAUCUCCGACUCGCCAACAAUUAAAUAUCGAUUUUCCCAGCCUCUUAAAUUUAUCAUCACAAUGAUUUUUCAUUUUUUCAAUGACAAGUGACGUAAUUGUUACACAAUUAAACAAAAAAAAAACUUCAAAUAAAUAAUUUUCGUGGGUUCUCGUAUAUAAAGAAGAUUGAGUGAUACUUUUUCAGUUCCUGGUUUGAAUUGGUACGCGAGAUAUGGAUCGUUGGGUGGGUAAAGUGGCGAUUGUUACGGGGGCUAGUGCCGGCAUGGGGGCUGCAAUUGCCAAAACUUUGGUAAUGAAAGGCCUCAAAGUUGUAGGUCUGGCGCGGCGUAUCCAGCGCAUGCAAGAGCUAGCCGCCGACCUCUCCGACGCCCCUGGUCAGCUCUUCCCCCUCCGUUGUGACAUCACCAGUGAGGAAGCCAUCCUCAAGUGUUUCAAAUGGGUGACGGACAACGUAGGCCCUGUCCAAGUCCUCAUCAACAACGCCGGUCUAACCAGACCUACUAAUCUCCUAGAAGGCGCAACCGACGAAUGGCGUCGCGUCUUUGACGUCAACGUCAUGGCACUCUGUAUUUGCACCCGUGAAGCUAUCCGAAUCAUGCGCGAGAAUAAUCUCUACGGUCACGUGAUCCACAUGAAUGCUAUUGCAGGGCAUUACGUGCCCAAUAUGCCCCAGCCGAAUUUCAACGUCUAUCCGGCUUCGAAAUUCGCCGUUACGGCCCUGACUGAAAGUCUGCGACAAGAAUUACGGUAUAAUAAGUUGCCGAUUAAAAUUACGAGUAUAAGUCCGGGAGUGGUCCGGACUGAGUUUCAGGAUGGGUUCCCGGAGGAUGGGACGAAGGAAGCUUUAGCAGGAAUGCCAGCUUUACGACCUGAAGAUAUCGCAGAAGCUGUGGUUUAUAUUUUAUCAACGGGGCCACAAGUUCAGGUGCACGAAUUGACCGUCCAUCCUCUUGGCGAACUAUUUUAAUAAAUAUUAUUACAGUUAUAAACAACAUUGCUGUUUUAUUUGAUUUUUUACUGUUUUGUUUGACGUAACAAUAAAAUCAGCAUAAUAAAAAAA